UUUUGGUCUUUUGAGGCUGGGGCCGUCAAAAUUCACAGCUGCGACCACAGCGCUGAGCAUAAGCAGCCAGCGCUCAAGCGCGUCGAACUCAGCGCUUUCCCGGGCUCCAACCGGUGACGCGGGCGGCAUAAAACCGCCUGUGCGCCCUCAGCCCGUUUCGCAGCGGAGCGAUGGCGCAACAGUACGAUGAACAAAUUCAACACGUUGCGGAAGGAGAAAGGAUCCUAUGCGCCGUCGACGGCUGUACCAUAGUCCAAACAGCGGAUGGUGCUGUUGCCCUAACAGGGGAGGCGAGAAUCGCCCUCGGACCGGCGACGCACGCUGCCUGCUGCUGGCGAGAUGUACCCCGAGCCUGCGCUGUCGCCCUCACGGACGACCAGGCCGACCAGGGCUCGCCGCGCCACCGCGUGGCCUUCCUCACGACCAAGGGCCUGGUCGACACCGUCGAGUGCGGCCCGAGCGUGGCCCCAUUCUCUCACGUCGUCGGCGCUGCCUUCCGCGCGGGCGACGGCGCGCUCGGCGUGUUGUACGGCGACGGCGCGCUGCGCGUCGCGCUGCUGGGCCUCGACGGCGGCCGCGUCGUCGAGGAGGCGGCCUGCGUGUCGACGGCCGCCGCGGGCGGCACGGCGCUCGCCGUCGUCGGCGACCGCUUCGCCGUGGGCGCGGCGGACGGGAGCUGCGCCGUCGUCAAGGCGCGGCUCUGCGCCGUCCUCGGCCAGGCGGCGAUCGCGCGGGACCUCGACCUGCCCGCGAGCGAGGCGGGCGAGCCGGUCACGGCGCUCGCGGCGACGGACCGCUGGCUCUUCGUCGCCGCCGGGCGCGCGCUGCGCUGGUGGGACGCGCGCACCGGCGCGCCCGUGAGCGCCUUCCGCGCGCCGGCUCCGUUAAGAUCGCUCGCCGUCGUCGUCGCCGCGCCCGACGCGGCGGGCACGACCUGGGUCCUCGCCGCGUGCGCCGACGACGGCGCGACGGCGACGCUGCGCUACGACCGGCGGAGCGGCAUGGCCUGCGCGGCGGCGCCCGCCGGCGGCUGCGCGGGCGUCGCUACGGCGAAGGACGGCUUCGUGGCCUUUGGCGCGACGGCCGUGUGCAGGUUAACGGCACGCAAGGUCGUGACUCAAACGCGACCAUUAACGCCGCCGUCGAAGCCCCUGGAAGAUCAUGGUGAUGCUCUAGAAGCGACCCUCCGAAACGUCGUAGACGGGAAAUCGGCGGAGCCUUUAUCCUCCAUCUUUGCGGCCGCGCCCUCAGACACGAUCCAGAAGGCCGCGACCGCCGUCAUCGCGGCGCCCUACGCGUCUUCUACACAAGCGCGCUCUGCACUCGACGCGGCCAUUGAGGGCCUCAUCGAAGAGACGGACGACGAGCAAAAGGUCAACGCCGAACGCCUCUUGCAAACGACGCAACGUCGAUUAGACGUCUUCGCCCGGGUCCUGGAUGCGGCGGCCCGGUGCGGGUCGACGUUGGAUGAUGGCGCAUGGCCCCGGGCCUGGGCGCGGUUUAGGGAUGGCGACGCGGGGGCGCACGCCAAGGAGGCGUGCGAGCGAGGUCAUGCUUCCGUGGCCGCCGUGCUAUGGCGCGAACUGCGGUUCGACGAUGGCGAUGCACGAACGCGCGGCGCCGCGGCGCGUUCUAGAGCGGAUGCGCGAGCCGUGAAAUGUGUCGAAGGAUUACCAGUGGACGCGCCCGUGGCCACUUAUGUAUCGUGGGUCUUCGGCGAGGUGGCUCCCUCGUUAGCGGGCGGCGCGCUUGGCAGAUUGGCGGCCUGGGCGGCGACAAGGGCGAGAGCGUUGGAAGCUGAUGGACGGUUAGAUGAUGCCCUCCUCAUAGCGAGGGAGGCCCACGACAGCAUCGGCGAUCGCUGCGGCGCGGGCGCCGUGGCGUGUGGUAAUGACGGCGACGCGUGGCUCGCGGAUAGCGAGGCGGCCGACGCGCAGAAGGACAUUGCGGAGCUACGGUCGGCGCUGGAGCGAGUCGCCGCUUUGAGAGAUGCACACGGCGUCGACGCGCAGCUGGGCGAGUACGAGGCGUGCGACAAGGCUUCCUUAGCUCGUAGAUUAUUGGAUAGAGUGGAGGCCGUCAAUGAUGUAGCUUCCCACGUCGAGGAACAUGUAAGACCAGUUUGCAGAGAACACGACGUCGACGCGGACGACAUCCUGACGGCCUAUAUUUCAGCAAGGGCCGAGAAGCACACGCAGCUGCGGAACUCUCGUCGUAGAAGAAGGGACGAGGCCGCUUCCGAAAAUGACGACUUGGCCUUUGCGGUUGCUGCCUUAGAUGAGGUGGACGACGACGCCAAGAGAACCUCUGCAGCAUUGACCAUAUUGACGGCGGCUCGAGCCCCCUUCUCGGACGGGGUCAUCGCACUCGCUCAUAGAUCCGACCUGCUGGAUUCCGACGCGUCCGUGGACGAAAAGAGGCGCCCUCUGGCGGACGCCGCGCGUUUAGUUAGGCUGGCGCAUUUGGCGCACCGGCACCGCGUCAGAGGCUUCGACGCUGGCGACGCCGCGCACGCGCGCUUUUUGUUGAGGAGGAUUGCGUCGGGCGCCUGGCGGUUGAGGAGGAUGGCACCUAGAGAUGCCUUGCGGGACGCCACGACUUUGGCUCGAGCGUAUCCGGCCACCUUAUCACGAAGAGAUGCCGUCGUGGCGUUUGCCAGAGGCGCGACGCGGCCGGAAUUCUAUGAUGAUGAGUCGCAAGCUACGGCCGUGAACGAGGCGGCGGACGCCGCCGUCGGUGUCGCGCGGCGCGCGCUGCGAGACGCGUGCGCGGCCGGGGCCGAACGGAGAAGUGCGAGGCGGGAAGUCGUGGCCUAUUGCCUCCGCGUUUUAGAUGGAGGCGACGACGGCGCCCAAUUAAAAAGAAGGGAGCUGGCCGCGUGCGCCCAGCUGGGCGCGGGCGUGGCCGCGGACUUGGCGGAUGACGUGGGCGGGUCGAGGAAGGACGACGACUCGUCGCUGCGAGAUGCGGACGCCAAAGCGCGCAAGUGCCUGGACAUCGUCGACGCUUGUCAAAGAUCGCUGGACGUCUGGGACUGCACGUCGUUUGAUCUGCGGGACGACGCGUCUGCCCUGAAGCUAUUACAGAGAGUGGCGGACCGGACGUUCGGCGAAAAGGAGCCCUCGGAACAAAGCGUGGCGAAGAUUGAGAAACUUGCCGACUUGUUGGGGGCGCCGCCGGGCUGGACUUCUUGCCGAGUGGCUCUACAGGCUGCUGUUGAUGACACUCGAGUUGCUGAAAGUCUCAAGCAGGCCGACGCGGCCGCAUCCAAAUGGCGAAGUGACCCGGACGCGCUGCGGGAUGUGGCGGAAAAACUAGCCACAAAUUUAGCUGCGGUGGACUUGAACUCCAACGCGGGCGACGCUAGAAGGGCGGCGGCGUAUCGACUCCGAGCGAGAUGUGCCGCGGAAGCGGCAGAUAGUUCGAAGGACUGCGCGGCCAUGGAGGUUUUGCGAUUUGUGGAUGCGGUGCGGUCGCGGUGCGCGGGCGCGCCGGCGUUGAUAUCGAGUGGCGGAAAUGAUGAUGGGUUACUCCUCAAGGCCGACGAGGCGAACCUACCUCUGAGGAAGUUCGUGCUUUGUCUAAGGGAGGCCCACGCUUCUGCAACAAGUGAGAGUAUCGCGGUGAAAGUGGACGAGGCCACGGAUUCACUCGUAAGUGUGUUCCGGAAAGCCGCGGCGUGGAGACUGGCCGCGCGGGCGUUAACUUUGAGGGACGCCGCCGUCGCCAAGCAUCGAACGAACGACGAGCCCGGCGCGAAAAGGAGAGGACACGUCGCCCUUGGAAGACUAAAAGCUUUACUGGACGCGGCCGAGCCAGACGCGGAGCUCUGCGUGGCCUGUGCGCUCGCGGCCCCGCCGAAGAAGGCUUUUGAUGCGUAUCGAAGUGCGGUCGGGACGUGCGGCGGCUCGGCGGCGGAGCUCGAUCGUUUAGCUUUGUUGGCCACGGUGGGGGAGGCCGUCGCCGCGAGACUCGAUGACGGCGCUUUGGAACAUGCCUCUCGAUCACUCGCCCACGACGCGGUCUGGUGGCGCUUCUUGAAGAGAAGAGGCGUGGCCUUCGACCACGCUCGAUUAUGUUUGCAGGCUUCCGCCACUACUGUGGAUGUCAGAGAUAUCCUUAGACGUUCAGCAAGUCAUGCUACGGAGCUCUUACCGGCGGUCCUGGACGCGCCGGACCCCGACGAUCUUAUGAAGUUGCAGGAGGAAGGCGAUUGUAGGAGACCCGUGUCCUGCUCAUUAAUCAGGCAGGUCCUCGAGUUCUGCGGUCGGUUUGGCGUCGAGGACGACGUCGCCGGUGCCGCGAUCGCUACGAGGGUCUUAGCACGAGGCGUAAGCGGAGACGGCGAGUCGUUGAGUGACGCGGCGCGCGACGCGCUCGAUCUCGUGCGAGAUCCUGAAAGAAGAAUUCGGGUCUUACGAGCUGCCCUCGCGACGGCCGACGCCACGGCCUACGAUCGACUGGAUCUGAUCUUGAGGAUGCUCGUCGAGGAGAAGGAAGAGGACGAACCGAGAGUCGCUCUGUCUCCCGUCGACGAGAACACAUCCAACCAAGUGGCCAAGGUCUCGGACGCCGAGAAGCGAAGGGCGGCGCUGUUACGAGCGUGCGUCAUCGACGCGCAGAGAGCUGCGCGAGCGGCGGGCGGGUCGGUGGAAGCUCGAGAUGAUAGAGCCUUCGCGGCGCCGUCGGAAGCUACUCUCAAAAAGUGGAUCCGCUGCGUCGCCUGGCUGCGGCAGGUGCGCGACGACGCGGCGACGCAUUUAGGCGCGGCGGGCGCGAGAGCGCUGGGAGCGCGGAAGCUGCCCUUCCACGAGCUCGUGGUAAGGCCCCUGGAGACUUUAGCUCCGCUCCUCUCGGAGCAGUCGGCGCCGUUUCUGGCGCGCAUCUCGCAGGUCGUGGAUAACUUGCCGAAGGGCGCGGAAUGGAUCGCGUGUGCGGAUUUGGUGGCUGAGGACGGCGUGCCCCGGCCCCGGUCAAGGGCGGAGGUCGACUUCUACCGGAGGCUCGACAAGUGCCCGAACGCGCGGUUGGCCUACAAGCGAGCCGACGCCUUGGCCGACGCCUUCGCCGAGCGAUUACAGGCGGCACCGACCGAUAGGGACGGCCUCGGCCACCUCAAGGCGGCGCGCGAGGCGGCGAAGUACGCGUCGCGCUGGGCCGACCGGGAGAACACGCCCGCAGCCCUGGACGCGCGCGCCGCGGCCGUCAAGCGCGCGGACGCCGCGGCGCGACGAGCCGCUGCGGUCCUGUUCGGCGGCGGAUCGAUACAAGACGACGACGUUUCAAGAUCGGGUUCCGCGGGAUUACUGAGAAGAUUGUACGCGCGGGCCGCGGACGCCGCGGCGGACCAAGCACUAGCGACGCGCGGCGCGACGGACGCCUUCGGCCAGGCGGCGGCGAGAGCGCAUCGCGCCGCGGCGGCCGUCGCCGCGCGGGAGAACGACCCCGGUAGUGCGGAGGUCGCGCGGCGCGAGCUCGCGAGGCGGUGGUUGUUUGAUGAUGACGACGGCACCGACGAUUUAUCAGGAGACGACGCUUUGUCUCCGUCACCGUUGGAGAAGAGAGAUAGGGCGCUGGCGCGCGCCGCCGUCAAGGUCGCGUUCGUGUUGAGCGCGCGGGACGGCGUCACGUUGAGCGGCGGCGACCCGAUCCAGGCGGCCCUCCAAAAGGCGUUAGAUGGCGACUCGGCGGCGGACGUCGUGCCUCGGUCCGACGAACGGGGUGCGGUCGAGCUGUUAGUGGAACUCGCGGCGGCGACGGGCGGCCCGGGCGACGAGGCCGACCACCAGGACGCCGACGAGGUCGACGCGCCCUGGCUGGAUUCUGAUGAUGACGACCAGGGCUCGGAAGUGCUGGCUAGAAGGGCGGAGACGGGCGAGCGGCGGCGGUUGACGGCGCGGGCGCGCCUGCGCGCGUUGCGGGCGGCCGCGGUGCUCGCGCGCGGCGACCGGAGGCGGCUGGAAGAUGCGUGGCGGAAUGCGGCAAAGGCCGAGGACGCGCCUCCCACAUUACUGGCGUUGAGUCGGCGGCUGCGCGUCGUGGCCGAGCUGUCGGCGGCGCGCCUGCCGCACGCUAGAGUGGUCGCCAAGCACGGCGUGGCCUGCGGCGUCGGCGCGGCGCGCUUCGUCGAGACGUUGCUGCGGGACCGCGGCGGCGACGCGAGGCUGGCGCCCACUUUAUUGCCGUUGCUGUGCGCCGUCCUGCUCGAGGCCGACGACGACGAGGCCGUCGAGGAGUCGUCGUCGAGCAGGGACGCGCGCCUCGACGCGGCGGACGCGGCGCGGGCGCCGCUCUGGGCGGCGUUGUUCGACGCGCUGGCGGCGCACGAACAGUGGCGUCCUUUAUUAGCGACGGCGGCGCGGUUGGCGCCGCGACCGUGGUUCCGGUCGUUCCGGGCCCGGCUCUGCGACGGCGCCGUCAAGCGGGCGCUCGCGGCGCCCUGCGCCGCGCUGGCGCAGCGCGCCGUGGCGCGGCGGCGCGCGCGGGCCGCGGCGUCGUGGGACGAGGAUCAAGGUGAUCAGGCCGUCGACGACUCGGACGCGCGCGCGGUCCUCGACGACGUCGCGAGCGUCGCGCGGGCGCGGCCGAGCGCCGUCGACGCGGCCCUGCUGGCCUCGAUCCGCGACGCGUUACGAACGUUCCACCCCGCUGCUCUGGCGGCGUUCGACGGCACGGACGCGGCGCCGGCGGCGCGGUCGUCGAGCUUCGGGGGGCGGCGCAUUUCCCUCGGUCCCUCUCCUGAAUAA